AAAGACAAUAAUUUCCAGUAGUAAUAAAGCGCAUGUUGAAGCAGCAGUUAGCCUCAGACAAGGCUAACUGGCCACUACUUCCUUUGUGCUAAUCUGCUGCUAACUGGGGCAUGCUUGACCCUGGUCCUCCAGGUGAAGACCAGAUAAUCCCAUUAACCGAUAUAUCACACCAAGGCCACCAGAACCCGCUGGAACUACGUCGUGUCAGGACUGGAUAUGUACGCUCCGGACAGGCAGAAUAUCCUCUAAACACACAGACAGGAUGUUCAACUGGGUGGUAAGAGUGGUGCCCAAGCCCCCUGAUGCCCAAGAGACCCAGGCAGAAGAAGCCCCAAAGACCCCCGCCCCACAACCCAAAGUUAGGGAAGUUAAGAGCCCACCAAUCAAGCCUCAACUAACAGAAGACCAGCUUUCUGAGGACAGUCAGGGUCAGAGCGGGGUCCUGGGCUGGCUGUCCAACGGCUUCUCCAGUGCUCUCCCCAAACCCAGCGGAACCCCCGGACUCAGGAGGGCCAACUCCGACGCCCGGCCUGGGGAUGACGGAGAAAGGGCUGGGGUAAUGAGCUGGGUCACCCAGGGCCUCACUAACAUCCUCCCCCAGCCUGAUGAGAAAUACAGAGAGGCCCCCCUGAACCCCAACGAUGAGCAGACAGAGGUCCAUCCGUUACAGGAAAUGCCAGAUUACGACCCCUUGCCAGACAUCCCUGUGGUUGACGUGGUGUCAGACGACGAGAUGUCUGAGUCGGAGAAUCGGACCCCCCAGUUCGCCCCAAAAGUGGUGCAGUGGAUCAAACAGGCCAUCCCCCAGCCGGUCGUCCUACCCCCUGGCGCUGUGGCCAUAGAACCCAGGUCACCCAGGUCCGCCUGCUCCAACCGUUCUUCUCUGGACAAAGUUCUGUCUCCACCACCUGAAUCCCUGAGUGGCAUCUCCCUGGACACCGACGGCAAGCCAGGGGGGAUGAUGGGUUGGUUCAUGUCAGGGUUUGCUCUCCGGUUGCCUCAACCCUCCAUUAGGAACAAGGAAGACGUCGCUGCUGCGACGGAGGCGCUACAGAAAGCGCCACCCAAACCCAGACCAGAGAUGGUUCUGGAGGACGUCGACUCGGACCACGAGGAACCGGUCCGAGGGGGGAACCCGCCGUCCCCGGCCGGGACGCCAGAGACCCGACCAGCGGGGGGACAGGACGCCCAGACCGGACCAGCGGAACCCGAUCACAGUGACGCGGACGGGACGGGGACCGGCCAGGAGGACGCCGAGACCCAGACGGGCCGCUGGACCCCCUUCAUCAACAGCAUCAAGAGGGAGGCCGAGGACGUUGCCUUGGCAACCAUGGAGGAGCGGUUGCUGCAGGAGCGCGUGCUGAUGACCCGGAUGGCGGAGGACGUGGCGCGUCAGACGGCUGAGAUGGCCGUCCGACAGAUGGCCUCCGAGGGGGGGUCCAUCAAACUGUCCCUGGGGAGCCAGGACCUGCUGGGGGAGCCUGAGCCCGAGUUGCAGGCGCUCGAAGGGGAGGAGGAAGAGGUGGAACAGAGUCUGCAUAAAACCCCAGAACCGCAGGAGUGUGACGGCGAGGAGGACCAAAACCAGCCUGAAAUCCCAGAGGAGCUUGAAGACCCAGAGGAAGCAGAGCCUGUGGGGUCGAAGCCUGUGGGACCCGAACCUGUGGAAACAGAGGAGGCUGCUGCUGAAGAAUCAGCGCCGGAGUCAGAAGAAGAGUCAGAGUCAGAGGAGGAGGACUCGCAGCAGGACUCCUCUGGAACACAGGGUACCUCUGGACCAGAACCUGUUACAGAACAACCACAGACAGGAGAGGAAGGCGCUGACACCACUGCAGCCAAAGAUGAGGAAGCUGCUGGAGAGGGCAGCUGUGCGCCCGUCAGCUGUGAGGUCCUGAAGACCUAUCUGAUGAGCGUCCCGUACGUGUCCGACUGCCUGGGCAACCUCGGCGCCUUCCUCAAAGAGAACGGUGUCUCCCCCACCAAGGUGGGCUCCGCGCCCGCCCAGCUGCUGUCCGACGUCACCAAGCGCCUGCCCUCCCUGCCCCCCGAGCUGCGCCAGGAGCUCUCCAGGAUCCGACUCACCCAGGUGCCCCGCAACAUCAUCGAGACCCUCACGGAGCUCGUCCCCGCCCGCUCCGAGGGCUCCGGCGGCCUGGCGCGCUACCUCGGCCUGACGGCGGCGUCGGUGCCGUCCGUGUCGGGACUGUCCCAGAGCCUCGCCGCCGUCCCCCAGAAGGUGGCGGCCAUCCCCGCGCGGGCGCAGCAGUACUACAACAACGUCCAGAGUCGCCUCAACAGCCUCAUGCCACAAGAUGCCUAAGAACAGAACCAGCAGCAGCAGCAGCAGCAGAAGAAGAACCCCCUCAUUAGCGACCAGGACCAGGACCUAGAGCUCAACCGGCUAGUGAGACCGACCCCCCUGCCCCCGCCCCUGCGCUCCCGCUCCCCCUCCCCGUCCCCCGUCUCCCCCGGCGGGAGCGCCCUGGACCUGCCCAACGUGCCUUCCUACCCCCGCCUGCCCCCCAUAGCGAGCCCCCCGUGCCAGCAGACCGGAACCCUCCCCCGCCAGCUGUCCGGCGUCUCGAACCCGGCCUUCUGCAUCGACGACGAGCGCGAAGCCCCGGCCAGACACCCGGGGAGCUCCAGACUAAGCCUCCGUCCAGAGGUCAACGUCGAGGAUGUGGACUCGGACCAGGAGAGAGGAGCAGGGUGGGGGGGAGGAGGGCGUGGCCCCCGGAGCCCUCCCCAGAUAGUCCUGACCCCCCAGGACUCCAAGCUGAAGACCCUCGCGGUCCCCGUCACCCCUAAAGGAGGCCGCCAGAGCAAGGCAGCAGAUAAAGAUGGAAGAGAUCGCAGAACUUUCUGGACAAAAAGUAAGAAGAGCCAGUCUCACAGCGAGGAAGACGAUGACGAAGGACCUGUCAGAGCCUGGUCAAGCCAGACCAGCCUGCACCACACAGAGGACAGGGAUCGUCCGGCGUCGUCGUGCAGCCAGACCAGUGCGGUGGUCAACGAGCGUCUCCAGGAGCUGGUCAAGAUGUUCAAGGAACGGACGGAGAAGGCCAAGGAGAAACUCAUCGACCCAGUGAGCUCUGACGACGACAGCGACAUCACCCGUAAGGCCCCCACCCCCCCACACUUUGUACUUCAUUCAUCCCCGCCGGCUCCGCCCCCGCCCGCGGUGCCUCAGGUAGCUAAAGAGGAGGCGCCGCCGGGGAGUGCCUCAGCAGGAGGAGGAGGAGGAGGAGGAGGAGGAGGAGGAGGAGGAGGAGGAGGGGAGGAAGGGCCUGAGGAAGGCGAGGUGAAGACAGGGAGGUGCUGCAAGGUGCUCAAAGUCCCUCGUUGGAUCGGAGCGUGCGUGAGGCUCCGUUUCCCCUCCAGCAUCGACCCCUUCACCAACCUGAUGUAUGUGCUGUGGCUCUUCCUGGUGACCCUGGCCUGGAACUGGAACGUGUGGUUGAUCCCCGUGCGCUGGGCCUUCCCCUACCAGACGCCCACCAACAUCUACUACUGGCUGCUCACCGACUACUGCUGUGACCUGGUCUACCUGCUGGACAUCACCCUGUUCCAGCCACGCCUGCAGUUUGUCCGUGGGGGGGACAUAGUGUGUGACAGAAAGGACAUGAGAAAAAACUACAUGAAGACUAACCGCUUCAAGCUCGAUGUAGUCAGCCUGGUACCCCUGGAGUUCUUCUACUUCAUCACAGGGAUCAACCCUCUACUCCGUCUCCCCAGACUACUGAAGUACAACUCAUUCUUGGAGUUCAACAAUCGCCUGGAGGCCAUCCUGACUAAAGCCUACAUCUACCGCGUGAUCCGAACCACCACCUACCUUUUGUACUGUCUCCACUGCAACGCCUGCCUCUUCUACUGGGGCUCGGCCUACGAAGGCCUGGGCUCCACCAAAUGGGUCUACGACGGAGUGGGCAACGGCUACAUCCGUUGCUACUACUUUGCGGUGAAGACCCUCAUCACCAUCGGGGGUCUGCCAGAUCCCACCAACCUCUUCGAGAUCGUCUUUCAGCUCAUCAACUACUUUGUAGGAGUGUUUGCCUUCUCCAUCAUGAUUGGCCAGAUGCGAGACGUUGUGGGGGCGGCCACAUCGGGCCAGACCCACUACCGAGCCUGCAUGGACAACACCAUCAAAUACAUGGCCACCUACCGGAUCCCAAAGGAUGUCCAGAACCGCGUCAAGACCUGGUACAACUACACCUGGGCUUCGCAAGGCAUGCUGGAUGAACAGGAACUGCUGUCUCAGCUCCCAGACAAAAUGCGUCUGGACAUCGCCGUGGACGUCAGCUACUCCAUCGUCAGCAAGGUCCCUUUGUUCCAGGGAUGUGAUCGCCAGAUGAUCUUUGACAUGUUAAAGAGCCUGCGGUCUGUGGUUUACCUGCCCGGGGAUUACGUCUGUAAGAAGGGCGAGGUGGGCCGGGAGAUGUACAUCAUCAAGGCGGGGGAGGUCCAGGUGGUUGGCGGACCGGACGGGAAGACCGUCUUCGUCACGCUCAGAGCGGGAUCUGUCUUCGGGGAGAUAAGUCUCCUGGCAGUAGGGGGCGGUAACAGACGCACGGCCAACGUGAUCGCCCACGGCUUCGCUAACCUCUUCAUCCUGGACAAGAAGGACCUGAACGAAAUCCUGGUCCACUACCCCGAGUCUCAGAAGCUGCUCCGCAAGAAGGCCAGGAAGAUGCUGAACAACGGGAAGAAGCCAGAGCCCAAACCGGAGACCAAGGCAACGUUCCCGGCCCCCCCGCCCAGGGCAGAGACCCCCAGGCUGCUACGAGCGGCCCUGGAGAUGGCGGAGAAGGCGUCGGGACUCAAAGGAGCCCUGGCGAAGGUCAAGGCUGGCUCCAAGUCCAGUGUCUCCCUACAGCGCUCCGACUCCUCCACGGCUGCCACGCCUUCGCCGGCCCCCCCGCGGGUCCCCACCGGGACUCGGCCACGCCCUCCUCCGCCAGCUCCGCAACGCUGCGUUCACCGGCCCGGCGGCUCGCCGGCAGCCCUUUGGCGACGCGCCCCGCGUCCCGUUCUCAUGCCGACCGAACCCAGUCGCCCGUGGCUACGGGACAUGGACAAGAGUUGGGGAAGGGGGAGAAGGGGGAGGGGAAAGAGGGAG